CGCGAGAUUCUUAUGUCAGGACAUUCUCGCGACAAUGACAGCGGGAUUUAGUUAAAUUACAUUAAAAAAAAAAAAAAUGGCGGACCGGCUAACGCAACUCCAAGACGCUGUCAAUUCGCUUGCAGAUCAGUUUUGUAAUGCCAUCGGCGUCCUGCAACAAUGUGCGCCUCCUGCUUCCUUCAGUAACAUCCAGACAGCUAUCAACAGAGACCAGCCAGCAAACCCAACCGAAGAGUAUGCCCAGCUGUUUGCAGCUCUGAUCGCCAGAACAGCCAAAGAUGUGGAUGUACUCAUUGACUCUCUGCCCAGCGAGGAGUCCACAGCAGCUCUGCAGGCGGCCAGUCUGCGGCAGCUGGAGGAGGAGAACCACGAUGCCGCCGCCCGUCUGGAGGAGGUGGUUUACCGCGGCGAUAUGCUGCUGGAGAAGAUCCAGAGCGCCCUGGCUGACAUCGCCCAGUCUCAGCUCCGCACCCGCAAUGGACCACCUCACCAGCCCUCACCAGCCGAAUCCUGACCGGCAGUGUGCAAAACGCAGUUCUGGACAAUUUUCAGCCAUUUUCCCUUCUCCCCAUUCUGACUCUUUGUUUUUACCCUCAGACGUCAGCUGCGAGCCUCAAAACACUCGCAACGCUGAAUUUGUCUGCGACGGUAACGCGAGGUGCCAUACAGUUAGCGGAAACAUCAUUUGGUUGCUUAACUGCAAUGUUCUUUUUUCUUUUACACAGCAGCCACUGGUCUCCAGGCAACCACAGAAAAAUGUGUAAAACACUAGAUGCCUGUUGACGACGUCUCAAGUUUUUCGUAUGUCUAUGUUGUAUAUUGAUUGAAGUCUGUUUUUGUAGAUAUUUAUGAAAGAAAUGAUUUGAAAUUCUGAUUUUGGAGCAUCUUUA